AUGCAGGACGUGGAUGAAUGUUCACUACGGCCAUCGAUUUGCAAGAACGGGGCGACUUGUCACAAUACGAAGGGCGGAUACAUCUGCAUUUGCGUCAACGGCUGGGCGGGCCAAAACUGCGACGAAAACGUGGACAACUGCAUUAACAUCGUUUGCAUGAAUGGAGCUACGUGUAUCGAUCGUGUCGGCUCCUUCGUCUGUCAGUGCCCACCUGGGAUCACCGGUUUGUGGAUAUACUGUCACCUGACGGAUGCGUGUGCGUCGAAUCCUUGUGCAUCAGGAGCAAUCUGUGACACGAUCCCCGUUUCUGGAGCCUAUAAGUGUUCCUGCCCUAAAGGCUGGACUGGACAAGAUUGCACUGAAGAUGUCGAUGAAUGUGAAGAAGGUUCGCCGUGUGAGCACGACGGGAAGUGCGUGAACGUGCCAGGAUCGUUCGCAUGUCAAUGUGCAGCCGGGUUCACGGGGCCACGAUGUGAGCUCAACAUCAACGAAUGCGACUCAAAUCCUUGUCACAACGAAGGCACAUGCCUGGACGAGAGAGGUGCUUUUCGAUGCGUCUGCAUGCCCGGAUACACCGGAACCCAAUGUGAGCAAGAUGUUGAUGAGUGUAUUCCGAAUCCGUGCUAUAAUAAUGGAAUCUGCGCCGAUUUGAUCAACGACUACAAGUGCCACUGUCCAAGAGGGUUCGCAGGCAAAAGAUGUCAGAUCAACGUCGACGAUUGCGUCAGCUCACCUUGCGGCAAUGAAGGGAGAUGUCAGGAUGCGGUGGCUGGAUACAAAUGUGUUUGCAAACCAGGUUUCACAGGUGUGAACUGUGAGGUGAACAUCAACGAUUGCCAAAGCUCCCCCUGCCAUCAUGGAGAUUGUCGGGACAUGGUCAAUUCAUUUCGCUGUGAUUGCCAUGCUGGAUACAGUGGUCUUUACUGCCAGACACAAAUCGACGAGUGCCGAUCUGAUCCAUGCAAGCAUGGAGGAACUUGUCAGGAUCUGAUCAAUGGAUAUCAGUGUCGCUGUCCUCCUGGCACCAAUGGUCCGAACUGCGAAAUGAAUGUUAAUGAAUGUUUCAGCAAUCCUUGUCGAAAUGGUGCUUCCUGCAUUGAUGGCAUCAAUGGAUACACUUGCAAAUGUCGACCUGGCUUUACAGGUGUUCAUUGUGAGACGAAUAUCAAUGAAUGUGCUUCAAAUCCCUGUGCUAAUGGAGGGAAAUGCAUUGACCUCAUCAACAAGUUCAAGUGUGACUGCCCAAGAGGAUACUAUGAUGCAAAAUGCCUUUCGGACGUCAACGAGUGUGCAAGCAAUCCUUGUCAAAAUGGUGGCACAUGUGAGGACGAAGUCAAUGGGUUUCAUUGUGAAUGCCCUCCUGGCUACACAGGCUCCCGAUGCAACAUGGAGAUUUAUGAAUGUGGAUCUAACCCUUGUCAGCAUGGUGGGACAUGCCGUGAUCGUCUCAACUCCUUCACAUGUGAAUGUACCCCUGGUUAUACUGGGAAUAUGUGUGAAACCAACAUUGAUGACUGCAAACAGCAACCUUGUCACAAUGGUGGGACAUGCAUUGACAAAGUCAGCGGAUACCAGUGUGUCUGCGUAGUUCCAUAUACUGGUAGGGACUGCACUGAGGAACUCAAUCCUUGUGUUCCUAACCAGUGCAAGAAUGAUGCAACAUGUACCCCUGCCUUGGAUUUCUUGGACUUCUCCUGUUCCUGUGAGCUUGGCUAUACAGGUCGUCUGUGUGAUAAGGAUGUGGACGAAUGUGCAGCUUCGACAUCUCCUUGCCAUAACGGGGCAACUUGUCACAAUAUCAAUGGUUCCUAUGAAUGCAUCUGUGCCAAUGGAUAUGAAGGCAAAGAUUGCCUGAUUAACACUGAUGACUGUGCUUCUUGUGAGUUUCCCUACCACAUGUUAUCCAACCUUCAAGGGUUCACAGGUUCCAAUUGCCAGUACCCCAUCAAUGAAUGUGACAGCUCUCCAUGUGAGAAUGGAGCAACUUGUCUUGAUCAAGUGGGCUACUACACAUGCGUUUGCCCAUAUGGUUUCAUGGGGCCACGCUGCUCAGAAUAUGUGGAUUGGUGUGCUACAAAGCCCUGCUUCAAUUCAGCAACUUGCAUGCAGAAGGCCAAUACCUAUUCCUGCAUCUGCAUGCCUGGUUGGACCGGAAAACUCUGUGAUGUAGAGAUGGUGUCCUGUUCUGAUGCAGCUUUGCGUAAAGUGAAUAAUUACUCCUGCUCAUGCCCUCAUGGUACUCUGGGGAUGUAUUGUGAGAUCAAUGUUGAUGAUUGCUAUGAGAAUGCUUGUCAUCAUGGAGGCACCUGUAUUGACAAAGUUGGUGGUUUUGAAUGCAAGUGCCCACCUGGGUUUGUGGGCAGUAGAUGUGAAGGAGACAUCAAUGAAUGCCUUAGCAAUCCAUGCUCAGCUGAGGGAACACAGGAUUGCAUCCAGCUGAUAAACAAUUACCGC